CGGCCACUUGCCGCAUCCCCAGGACCGCGCCGGUGCAGCUCAGGUGUGGGUCUCUGCUGGAGCCACCCGACCUCCGCAGCUUCUCCCAGAAUAUGGCCGACUCGGAGAACCAGGGGCCUGCAGAGCCGAGCCAGGCGGCAGCGGCUGCGGCCGAGACGGAGGAGGUAAUAGCGGAAGGCGGUGUGCAGCGGGGCGGCUCCGACAGCGCGGCCGGCCGCACGGCCGAGGAGCCCCAGACGCCGACAGAGAAUGCAUCAAGGCCUAAAAAUGACUUUAUCGAGAGCCUUCCCAACUCAGUGAAGUGCCGAGUGCUGGCCCUCAAAAAGCUGCAGAAGCGGUGUGAUAAGAUAGAAGCCAAAUUUGAUAAGGAAUUCCAGGCUCUGGAGAAAAAGUAUAAUGACAUCUAUAAGCCCUUACUUGCCAAAAUCCAAGCACUUACUGGUGAGAUGGAGGGAUGUGCAUGGACCUUAGAGGGGGAGGAGGGGGAGGAGGACGAUGAGGAGGACGAGGGGGACGAGGGGGACGAGGAGGGGGAGGAGGACGAGGAGGAUGAGGGGGACGAGACCGCCGCAGAGGCCGUGCGGCAGGUGGCUGCUGAGGGUCCCCACUCUGCGGUGCCUGAUGACGCCAAGAAAUAAGCUGGAAGGUGGGGAGGGCAGCGAUUAAAAAGAAUGACGACGAAAAAAACACUUCUUUCCCCUGAAUAUCAGUGGACUUAAAAGGGCUCAGGUUUUGGACCAAAAUACAAGACAAAUCAAUUCUGACAUUUCUAAAAAGAUGUUAAAUUGAAGCAGUCAGAUACUGGCUAGCCCGUUUCAAAUUUGGUUUCCAUUUUGUACAUAAGGUGUUGAAAAAACUGAGUUAAGUUUAAAAUGACUUUUUCAUGAUCUCUUCUGUGAGGACUGGAACUGAGGCUUAUUAAGGGUGUCAAGUAGAUGCGAAGUAAGAAAUGUCCCUGAAACCCAUUCAUAACACUAUCAUCACACUACGCACGGAACAGCUAAGCCGAGACUGAACACGUUCUCAACGCUUAACACUUCAGCUUCUUUAGUUCUGAAAUUCUCCAGUGCAGAAAAAGAACCCAAGGAAAAUCUCAUCUUUGAAACUUUGCUUUCGUAACCCAGACGUCGGUUUUACACUUCAGAGAAGAGUGAGGGAAUGGAGGAAUCCUGUGAUGGAGAUCAUAAGAGUACUGUUAAUGAGGCCUGGAAAAGUGCCACUUCAAAUUCUAAAGAACCUUCUGAAUAUUUAUAUGUACAGAAACAAUACAGUUCCAAGAAGGAAAGUGUAUAACCUGUAUAAUAUUGUAACAUAUGUGUUCAUUAUUUACAGUCUCAUGUUUAUGUGUUUUCUUGGUAGUGUCUAUUUACAAAGGUGUAAAAAAAUUUUUUUAAACCCCAAAUGUUUAAGUAUUAAGUCCCUUUAUCUAGCAUUUUAGAAAUAUUAAUUUACUUGAAGAGAUAUAGAAUACAGCAAAUUCUGUAAAGCAUGUGUAUCCAGUGUUACGUAGUUUGAUCUUUGUGAAGUCCUGUCAUGUAGCUUUUAGAAUGUAGCUGUGACAAUUAUCAGAACUCUUCACUGAAGCUAAUGUUUGGAAAAAAUAUAUAUUUGAAGAACCAGUCCAAGUGUGUCUCCCACAUCCCCAGAUCAGAAGUAGAAGGGAUUUAUGUUUGCUUAGUUGUGCCUUCAUUAUUUUGCUACAUAAAUGUGACAUUAAAUAUAAAAUGUUGCAUAAUCAAAUUUUACUGCUUCAGGAUAGACUGGCAUACAGUUAGGGAUUUUUAGGAAGGACACAUUUAAUGUAAAGACGCUUAGCUUCUUUGUGGGUUUUGAAUUGUAUGUGACCCACUGAUCUAUAAAGAAACAUAGCAUAAAGUUGUUUACCACUGUAGUGUUAAUAAA